CCAAGAUCACAGGCCGCGCUCUCAGCAAGAAAGACGUUGUUCUCAAGGCCAAGCAGAUUUGUCAAACUGCUAUGCCUUUUGCGUGGGAAUGGGGCCUCCUUCCCCUCAGUUUCUCUAACCGUCCGACCCAAGAAGUAAGAGAUUGCGCAAUUUGGGGUUGUCUUUGCCGGUAAGUUUCUGCUUUUGCUAACCAUCUUUUUUACCUUGUUUCAGGCCAGGGACCGCUUCCCCUCUAUCCAGGCAGAGCCGCGAGGACCUCUCCGGAAGCGUGCCUUUGACUCCUUCGACCCGGAUCCCUACAUCUUUUGGAAGGAUCUGAAGAUGGGGAAGACUCCGGCUGCGCGCCUUGGCCGGGACCCGCCGGAGCCCACCGGAAAUCCGGAGGAGCUGGUUGUGCUCGAGGUCACCGCUGACACUCGGAAGGCCCUCUUCGAGGAGCUUUUAUGGGAGCACCGGGAGCUCGCUGAGGCACACGACAAGUGCCAAGUGAUCCCGGAAGCUUCCAUCGAUGCUCUCAAGGAGCAGCUCGCCACGGCCCAACGGGAGAAGGAUGAGCUCAGCCGGCAGCACCAGGAGGAGCUAAACGCCCUCAAGACCAGCUACCAGGAGCUCAAGUCUCAGUUGAUUCAGCUGGGGCUUGACCACGCCAAGGCCCUCAAGGCCGCUGAAGUGACCGCAGCGGCCAAGUUGGACGAGGCUCUGGAGAAUGCCUGCAAUGCCACUGUGGUGUUGCGGGCAGAGCUGGAGGAGAUGGCCAAGGCCCGGAAGGGUGCCGAGGAGAAGGCCGCGCGGCUGGAGGAGGGGCACAAGGAGUGCGAUCAGCUGAUCCUGCAGACCGACACACUUGCCCUCCGCCUCUUUCCGGACUCGCAGAGGUAUGCCGUCAAGAAGGUCGACGCGCAGCGCAGGGACAAAGGCCAAGCGGAUCUUACCGUGCCAUGGACGCCCAAGGACCAUCUGGUCGCGCUUAACGCGCGGGUGUCCCAUAUGCGCUGCAUAGACCGCAAUCUUUCGGACAUCCCUGAUGUAGCUACCCAGCUAUACAGGACUUUAUGGCCUGGCGAGGAGGUGCCGGACACCUUCUCCCUCAUCAACGACCGUCUGAAAGGUGCCGGCAGGAGGAUCCGCGAGUGGCAGUGCUCUGCUGCCCGCGCUGGAGCGGACUCCGCCCUCCGCGUCGCCUGCUCCUGGUACCCGGAGCUCAAUCUGGACGCCCUUACCGGCGUGCGCGAAGGCGCAGAAACGGAUCUGGACCCGAUCCUCUCCGCUAAGCGGCAGGAUCGCGCGUACCGCAUCGCGGAGUAUGCCGACAUGCGCACCUUCAUCCCUCCCCCUCCUGGCGUCACGGAUUAUCUCGACGAGGAGGAGGGUGAAGCCGAAGAAGAGGUCCUGGGCGAUGCUGGUGCCGGCGAUGCUCCUCCGGAAGCCCCUGCUGCAUGAUGAUUUCCUUUGAAGUGUUUGCUCAUUAUAUCUGUUGGUCCUGUUGCUUUAAGACAAUAUCUGUUAAAUUCUGCCCCGGAAUGCCGGGGCUUAUGAUGUAAAACUUAAGUUUGCCUGUGGUUGUGCUACAACAUUUCCUGCCGGUAAGUUAUACCGGUAGCUAAGUACUUAUGAGUUUGCCUUAGCAUAUUUUGCUUU